AUGCAGCGCCUCGGACGGUCCAAGCGGCUCGACAAUCGCGAGCGCUUCGAACUCUUCCGAUUUGUGGUUGGCAAUGGCGCAUCACCCGCUCUGGCCGUCGAACUCCUUGCCGCGUCGGAAAGCCUGCCAGACACGUUCGCCAUAACCCAAAUGGAAAACCUCGUGAAGAAGGCUGCUGAAGGCAGCUUCUCGAAGUAUAAGGCAUACAUCAUGGCGGACCGCAAGUGGGCCCCGGUCUUUUGCGUGCCAGAGCAGAAGCCUCUGCCUCUUGGAGAGUACUGCCCAUACGAAGACGCUCGCAAGGUGCUUGCACGGCAGAAGAAGCGCCAAUAG